AUGGCAACAACAACAACAACAUCGACGGAUUCAGCGUCCCAAACUCCGCAAACCCGUUACAACCUCCGCAACCCACUCCCCUUAACCGCCACGCAAGAAGCAGAAGUCAAACAGCUCUACUAUAAACGCGUGCGAGGUCUAUGUGCUCCAGAGAUUAAGGCCUUCGCCGACUGCGCCGUAAACCGCACUGUCACAGCGACGUGGGUAUGUCGGGAUCAACGACUCGCCAUGAACUCGUGCAUGAUUGCCCAUGCGAAGCCGGAGGAAGAAGACCGGGCUCGGGAGGAGUGGUUCGCGACAUUUGAGCAGCGGAGACGGGAAAAGGAGGAGGAGCUUGCGAAGGUUGAGAAGAGGAGACGGGAGGUCAUUGAUAUGAUGAGGAACGAGAAGACUGCUGGGAGGUGA